UGUUUCUUUUUUUUUAAUGUUAAAAAUGUUAUAAGUUUUUAUUUUUCAUUUCAUUUUCUUUUUCCCCUCUUCUGUUGCAUUGUCCCUUUUCAUCUCUGGAGUGUCCAGUCGUAAAUUAUCACCCUUAGUCAUUACACAAAUAGGCAUGAUGUUCAUUUUAUUGAUCACUUAUAAAAUGUAUUGUUGAUGUAUAAACUACCUACGUAUUUACUCUGGACUUGACUAUAAGUCUAGUAAAUACAAUGCACAUAACUAACCAUAAACAGCAGGGCCAUGGACGAACAAUCUACUGGUCUGGUGCAUAGCUCGUCAAUUCGCACCAGAAUGGCCAUUCCCAACAUCAAAAUGACUAAUCCAAUUAAAAAACUGGUCAGUAAACAAAGAAAACGUUAUACUGAAGAUGGGUUCAACCUCGAUUUGACUUACAUUCAACACAAUGUGAUAGCAAUGGGAUUUCCAGCAGAAAAUUUAGAAGGUGUAGUCUACCGAAAUCAUAUAGAUGAUGUAAGCAGGCUCCUUGAUCAGAAACAUCCUAAUCAUUAUAAAAUAUAUAAUCUUUGUUCAGAACGAUCUUAUGAUUCUCGGAAGUUCCACCAGCGCGUGGCUACCUACCCAUUUCAAGAUCAUAAUCCUCCGAGUAUUGAGGUGAUAAAACCUUUUUGUGAAGAUGUCCAUCAAUGGCUCGCUAAAGACAGCAGAAAUGUAGCUGCUGUACAUUGUAAAGCUGGAAAGGGUCGAACUGGCGUAAUGAUAUGUUGCUAUCUAAUACAUAGUUUGCAGUGUUUAUCGGCAGAAGAAGCUCUCAAUUAUUAUGGCCAAAAGAGAACAUUUGAUAAAAAGGGUGUCACUAUUCCCAGUCAAAGAAGAUAUGUAAACUAUUAUGCAUUGUUAGUUGAAAAAAAUUUAAAUUACAAGCCUGUUGUAUUGACUGUAAAGGAAAUAAAAUUAGAUCCAGUGCCUAAUAUUUUUAAUUCGGGGCAUACAUGUAUCCGUUUAGUAAUAUCAGAGUGGAUAAAUGGAGAUAGUUCAAAAAUCAGAAAAGUCUAUUCAUCUGAUGUACAGGAUAUGCGACGUAAUGCUUCUGAUGUAACAAUUCGUUUAACACAAAUGACCCAAGUCCUUGGAGAUGUUAAAGUAGAGUGUUACAAUAAACAUAAAAUGAAGAAAAAGGAAAAACUAUUUCAUUUCUGGUUUAAUACUUUUUUUGUUCGUGAACCAGCUGUUACUGAAAAUGGUAAUAGAGAAAAUAAACAUUGUGGCCAGCAGGAAAAAACUGUUCAUACUAAUAGUAUGGAUGACUCAACUAACUUUCGAUUUCCAAAUAAUCAAAUGCGUACAAACUCUAUUGGUCAUGUGGGUGGAAGUGAUAAUCGCCUGUUGACAUUAAACAUGAACAAAUGGGAUUUGGACGGCCAUAAGGAUAAACAAAAUAAACUUUUUAGUGCUGACUUCCAUGUAAGCUUAUUAUUUGAACGUACUGAUGUUUCCGAACCAGUUGUUGGUGAAACACUAUCAGAAAGUGAAUCAAGUAGUUGCACAACAGCUGAAGAAGAAGAAGAUGGAUGGGAAUCUGGCUUUCGUAAACCUGUCGCUUGAGCACAAUACACCUGAUGGCGUAGAUGCAAAUGUGAUUGUGUUUCCGGUGGUUCUAGGCGAGUCGACGUAUCUGUAAGAUAUUGGGAGUGCCACAAACAGAAGACGAACAACAUAAACGUAUUUUUAUAUGUAUAUGUAUAUCUUUAUCUAUAUAUGUAUAUAAUAACUGCAAGUUAAUGUUUUUUUUUUAAGUUAAAAAUUUAUAUAGAUUAUAACAAUUAUUAUAGUCUGGAUUUUAAAAACUCCUCCAUAAUUAGGCAUACACUCGCCUAUUUUAUUAUUUUUAUAGUACAAAGAAAAUAAAGUUUUAAUUCUGAUAACUUUAUUAAAAAUUUAUUUUUUAUUUUCGUGUUCAUCUGUUAAUUUUUAUUUAUAUGUCUUUUUUUUUAAGUCUUCCAAUGUUGCCAUUGAAUAAAAUAAAAUGGACUUAGGAACAAUGUUUUUUUUUUUUUUUUUUUUAAUUUUUUUAUGUUAUAAUAUUUAUUUAUAUAUUAAUGAUUAGAAUAUAAACUAUUCUGUAAAAGUUAUAGCCUACUAUUUCAUGUUUAAUAGGAUUGUUGCCAUGGUUUUACAUUUAUUUACCAGUAUUAUUAUAAUUUUUUUUCACUCAUUAAUCUAUAAAACAAAUAAUAGUACAACACAAGAACAAUUUAAUAUUGUAUAUUUUGUUGUUAUAUUUUAAUGCAUAAAAAGUUUAAACAUAUAAUUUCUACAAAAUCAUUAUAUUAUGAUUUGUCAUAUUGUCUUAAUUUUUUUUCGUAUAUACAUAUAAUUACAUAUAAUUAAGAAGGUAAAAAAUAUCACAUUUUUUAUUUGCUUUAUUUUUCAAAUCAUUUAGUUUUUAAUAAUUAUGGUAAUGAAUAAUGAUAAAUUCUGAUUGUUUUUUACUUAUUUAUUGAAAGUAUAUUGGUAAUAUAUUUUUAGACAGCAAAAAUGUCUAUGUCAGCAAUUAUUAACAUAGAAUUGUAAACAUUUUGAAAAUAUGUAUUGUGAUAUUUUCCUUUUGGUUUGUGAUACUAUGUUGAUUAUGACUUGUAUUUUUUUUGCUAUUCAAAAUUGGAAUUUUGUUAUUAAAAAAAAUAUUUUACUACUAUUAAAUAACAUCAAACUUUUAUUAACCAUUGCUAUAAUAAUCCAUAAAUUAUAAAACUAAAUGGAUUGGUUUUUUUAUGAGAAUAAUGAAUUGUAUGGUUAGUGGAAAAGGGAGUUGAAAUGUUUGUCCAUUCCUUGGACUAACCAACAGUUUUUGCUUUUGAACACACUGGUGUAUUUUUUUUUUUGUCAUUCAAUAUGGCAAAUAUUAACUACAUUUUUAAUUUAAAAUUGUGUACUUGCAUAAUAUUGACCUGAAUGUUUUUAUUAAUAAAAAUAUCUUCUUACUUUGUGAUAAAAAUAAAGAAUAUAGUCCAGUCACUUGCCUGUA